AGCCAUGCUCGGAACUCGCAACCUUCGGCAGGUGGUGGGGCGGCUUCUAAGCAGUCCUGGAGCACAGAAGAUUUUCCCCUCUGCUCCAUGCAGCCAGAGGUGUCACAUUCUCUCGUGCAGACCCGUCGUGGCUGCAGUAUAUUCAGCUCCCAAGGCGCCAGGGCUGAGUCGCUUCCUAGGCACUGGUAUGAGUGACAAAGAAUCUUUUGAUAAGUUGAAAUUUGACGCUGAGAAGGGCGAUGUGAAGGCGAUGUUUGAAACUGGGAUGUCGCUACUGGCUGGCCGUGGAUGCGAAGCAAACGAGAGUGAGGCGGUCAAGUGGUAUACAAAGGCAGCCGAGAAGGGUCACUUAGACGCCCAGUAUAACUUGGGAGUUUGUAUGUACUACGGCAGAGGAGUAGAUCGAAACAUCGAGCAAGCUGUCGCUUGGUAUUUGAAAGCCGCCGAUCAGGGGCAUGUUGCAGCAGAGUAUGCUCUUGGGGUUUGCUAUGAGAAAGGUCGUGGAGUCCAGAAAGAUUUAGUUAAAUCCAUAAAAUAUUACACAAAUGCAGCCAACGCUGGUGAUGCUUCAGCCCAGUAUAAGCUUGGCGAGUGCUUUUAUUAUGGGAGAUCAGGAUUGAAAGAAAACUUCCAAGAAGCUGCCAGUUUGUUCUCCAAGGCCUGUGAACAAGGGCUUGCGAAAGCACAAUACAUGUUAGGGCUUUGCCAUUACUACGGCCAAGGAGUUGAGAACAGCGAGAGCAAAGCAGCAGAUUUGUUCUUGAAGGCUGCUGAACAAGGACAUCCUCAAGCUGAGUAUCAGAUUGCUGCAUGCUAUUACUCUGGCAGAGGCGUUGAGAAAAACCUGGAGAAAGCUGUCGAGUGGUUUGAAAAGGCGGCCAAACAAUCACAUCCUGUAGCGCAGUAUAGUUUGGGCCAAUGCUACUAUUAUGGCCGAGGAGUUCCAAAGAGCGAGGAGAAGGCCCUCGAAUAUUACACCAUGGCUGCGAAUCAAGGACAUGCGCAAGCCAAAUACUGGAUCGGGAUCAUUCUCAAGAGCAAAGAAUGAAGGCGCUGAUGACAAACAGUGUCGAUGUGAUGAGCGUAUUUCAUCCGAACGAAAAAAUGACAUCAAGUUGAUGCGUG